GAUCAUUCAACUCCCGGUGAGAUGAUGACCCAGAAGAAUGGACUGUCUCUUCCAUCUCCGCUUAAACCCCUUCUUGUUUUGGUCUUCCAUCUUCUCCAAACACACGUUUGUACAGGUCAGUCUCAGUUAACUGGUCCAUCUCAGCCAAUAAUAGCAACAGUUGGGGAAGACGUCAUUCUACCAUGUUACCUGGAGCCUGCAGCUGAUGUUGCUGCCAAGACGUUAGACUGGACAAAAUCUAAAUCUGACCUGAGCCCCGAAUUUGUCUACGUACGACGUGCUGGUCAUGACCUCGUACAUGCUAAACAUCCAUCCUACAUAGGAAGAACUUCAAUGUUCACUGAUGAACUAAAGAAAGGAAACAUUUCACUGAAACUCUCCACAGUGAAACCUUCUGAUGCGGGGAGAUACAAAUGCUACAUUCCAGAAAUGGAAAUAAACUUUUUCGUUAAGCUUGUUGUUGGUGCUGUUUCCUCACCUUUCAUAGUGAGUGUUAACAGAACCAGCAGUGGAUUGUUGUUCCAGUGUAAGUCUUCUGGCUGGUAUCCAGAGCCUGAGGUGUUGUGGCUGGACGGUGAGGGAAAGCUCCUCUCUGCUGGACCUACAGAGACAGUCAGAGGUCCUGAUGACCUCUAUACUGUCAGCAGCAGAGUGACUGUGGAGAAGAGACACAGCAACAGCUUCACCUGUAGAGUCCACCAGAAGGACACCAACCACACCACAGAGACACACAUCACUGUUCCAGAUGAUUUCUUUGAGGUCCGGUCCAGCUCUACUUCCACCAUUGCUGGUCUGGCUGUGGAUCAACUAAACGCUGAUAUCAAGAAGCUCCAAGAGGAGAAACAGAGAGAGGAGGAGCUGAAGCAGAAAGUGGAAAAGGAGCUGGAGGACAAGAAAAAAGAGCUGGAAGAAAAAGAAAACGAGCUGAAGAAUCAACUGAAGAGCAAGGAUACAGAGAUCAUCCAGCUGGAGAAUGAUCAGGAUGGAAGUAAAGUUAAAGAUCUGGAGAGUUCUCAGUCUGAUGACAACAGCAUCAGUCAGAGCUCAACCACAGAACCUGUUGUUGUGGUUGAGGUCAAAGAAUAUUCCAGAUACAUCCAUCUCAGAAACACGUCUGAUGAGGAACAAGAUCUGGAAGGCUGGACGUUACAUGUUCAGUUUCAGAACAAUGAAAACUUCACCUUCACAUUUAAGUCAUUCAAACUAAAAGCCAAAGAAACUGUCACUAUGAGCGGUUAUCAUUCCUAUAAUUCUUUAUCUCGUGAGCUGCAGUGGGAGGACCUGAAGUCUUGGAGUAGUAAUAAACUGCUGCAGGUCAAGCUCGUCUGCAAAACUGGAAACGUCCAUUAUCAAUUAUAUUCAUCAAACAAGCUUCUUCAGUAA